AUGUCCUACGCUUCUGAGGAGUUGAACCAAUUGCAGAAAGAGAUUUCUGCAAAGAACCCACCUGAUGUGUUACAGUUUUGCGCCAACUACUUCAACACAAAAUUGGCUCUCCAACGUGCCCACUUGUGGCAGACACAGGCUCAAGCCAAGGCUGCUGGCAUCGAGUUGUUUUCUCGAGUGAAGUCUGUUGCUGUAGACAGUCAAGGUUUGGGUGUUAUCCCUCCUGCUAGACAGCCUUCGUUCAAGUCACCAUUUGGCGACAACGAUCCUCACUCUGACCACUCGAAGGAUUCGCACAGAUCGGAGCCCUCAGCCUUCAAAGAUAGCGGUAGCGGUAGCUUGUUCAAAGGUGGCUUCAACGUGGGUUCAAAUGCCACCUCGCAAUCCGUUCAGGACACCGAUCCCAACGACCCAGCGGCCAGAUCGGCUCCAGCUCCAGAAUUCAAGCCUGUUGCCAAACUUCCUGUUUCAUUCAAUGCAAACAGAAGAGUGUCUGUUUCUGCCGAGGCAUUGAAUCCAGACAAGUUCAAGACAGACUCAUGGAAACCUCCUAAGAACAACUUAUCCGAUGAACAAAGAGCAGAGUUGGCUAAGACAUUGUCUUCCAACUUCUUGUUCCAGCAGUUGGAUGCUAACUCCAAGUCCACUGUUUUGUCUGCAUUGAUGAAGAAGCUGUUCGAAAGCAACACCGAGAUCAUUACUCAGGGUGACGAGGGUGACUACUUCUACAUUAUCGAGUCUGGUACCGUUGAUUUCUACGUCAACGGAACCAAGGUCAACACAUCUAGUGAUGGCUCAUCAUUCGGUGAAUUGGCAUUGAUGUACAACGCCCCAAGAGCUGCCACCGCGGUUGCUUCUGGAGAUGUCACCUGCUGGGCGCUCGACAGAGCCACCUUCCGUCGUAUCUUGUUGGAGGGUACCUUUAACCGCAGAAUCAUGUACGAGGACUUCUUGAAGGAUGUUAGCGUACUCGCUGGUUUGACUCCACAGGAGAGAUCCAAGUUGGCUGACGCUUUGAGCACCGAGAUUUACCACGCCGGUGACCGCAUCGUGACCGAGGGCGAGAUUGGUGACAAGUUCUACCUCAUUGAAAGUGGUACUUGUGAGAUCUCCAAGAAGGCCGAGGGUGUAAUUGGAACAAUUAGCAAGGGCAAAUACUUUGGUGAGGUUGCAUUGUUGAACGACUUGCCUAGACAAGCCACAGUGACUGCCAAAGAUUCCGUUAUCGUUGCCACUUUGGGCAAAUCUGGCUUCACCAGAUUGCUUGGACCAGCGCUCGAUGUGUUGAGAAAACAAGAUCCUACGCACCAGUAG